AAAUGAAAGAGAAAGUAAAAAAAAAUCCCAGAAGUUACUCCAUUAUUCUCCAGAAGCCGCCUCGUCAUGCUGUUUCCUGCUAACUAAAAGUCAAAAGUAUAAUAUUUCUCGGUUAUUAAGGACGGUGUAAAAACGUAGUAAGUGUUUAUAGUUCACCUGAGGUCACCUGGAGAGAAAACAGAAAUGUCCCGCGGGUCAAACGCAGGAUUUGACCGACAUAUCACCAUCUUUUCUCCGGAGGGCCGACUCUACCAAGUCGAAUAUGCCUUCAAAGCAGUGUCCCAGAGUGGGCUAACGUCUGUGGGGGUCCGAGGGACGGACACCGCUGUGGUGGUCACACAGAAGAAAGUACCUGACAAGCUGCUGGACCCGGAGACUGUGACCAACAUGUUCAAACUGACCCCUCGCAUCGGCUGUGUGAUGACCGGGCAGGGAGCGGACAGUCGCUCCCAGGUCCACCGGGCUCGAGUGGAGGCAGGAGAGUGGAAAUAUAAGUUUGGUUACGACAUCCUGCCGGACGUGUUGUGUCGCAGGAUCGCUGAAAUCUCCCAGGUCUACACACAGAACGCCGAGAUGAGACCCCUAGGCUGCUGUAUGAUGAUGGUGGCUAUAGACCCCCAGCAGGGUCCUGUCCUGUUUAAAUGCGACCCGGCAGGAUACUACUGCGGCUUCAGGGCCACGGCCGUCGGGGCCAAACAAACGGAGGCCAACAGCUACCUGGAGAAGAAGCUGAAGAAGAAGCCUGAGCUGACCCACGACAGGACCGUACAGAUGGCUAUCACAUGUCUGUCCUCUGUCCUGUCCGUGGACUUCAAACCAACUGAGCUGGAGAUCGGCGUGGUCACUAAAGAAAAUCCCAAGUUCAGGUUGCUGUCAGAGGCCGAGAUAGACGCUCACCUGGUUGCCAUCGCAGAACGGGAGUAAAGGUUUCUCUCUCAAACUUCAGACCGCCGUCAUAGUUUUUCAUUUUCAGCGUGCUUGAUUCAUCCCAGUUAAGCAGCACUGUUGGCUAAAGAUAAGCGGUGUGUUCAGGCAGGUAGAGAAAGCACACCUGAAGAUAGGAAAUUAUUAAAGAUGGAUAAAGAUUUCUAGUGUUUCACCAGACAUUUCUACUCGUGUGUUUUUAAAAAGCUUUUACUCCCAGUCAAACCAUGUUUAGUGGACAACACAAGCGACACAUUCCACCUUCAUCUGUGCAACAUAUUGCCAUUAUUUUGAAUACAUAAACGACAGGAAUUUAGCUGGUUUUGUUACGAGGAUAUAUUUGUCAUAUGGCUUAUUCCAUAUUGUACGUUUUUUAACACCAAUACUGUUGUCAUCCCACAUUUGUAAAGUUGCAAUAAAAACAGACCUAUUAUCAAACCCUUUAAA